AUGGAUGGUUUGGAUUUGAAAUUUCGUUUGAAAAAUUGGCGAAUUAGUUAUGAACCAUUAGAGGAUUGUAAUGAUUUCUCAUAUGGUUUCAACGGUAAAUAUCUUAAAUAUGUGGCUAAUUACUGGCUCAAUAAAUACAAUUGGAAAUAUCAUGAAGCUAUUAUAAACAUUUUACCUCAAUUUAUUACUGAAAUUGAAGGCCUUAAGAUCCAUUUCAUCCAUGCUAAACCGAGAUAUGAUAAUUAUGAAGUUAUCCUCCCAUUGUUAAUACUACAUGGCUGGCCAGGAAAUGUAUUCGAGUUCUUUAAAAUCAUUCCGGUGCUGCUGGAUCCAAUUCAGCAGAUUGGUUCUGAUAUUAAUGUAGCUUUCGAAGUGAUUGCACCAUCGAUUCCUGGAUUCGGUUGGUCAGCUGCGCCAAUGAAAAAAGGAUUUAAUCCAGAAGCGGCAGCAAGAAUAUUCAACAAAUUGAUGGUUCGUUUAGGUUUCUCAAGGUAUCUACUGCAGGGCGGGGAUUGGGGGAGCAAUAUUGCUACUAAAAUCGCCUUUUAUUAUCCUGAAAAUAUUAUUGGUUUACAUUUAAACUUGGCAAUGGUAUUUAAUUGGAAAGCGCUAUUGUACCGAACAUUUGGUAUCAUAGCACCGAGAUUAGCUUAUUCUUCCAAAUUAUUUCAUUCGAAAACUACAAGCGCUUUCUUCAAGGAAGUGCUUGAAGAAACAGGAUAUAUGCACAUUCAGGCGACAAAACCGGAUACUAUUGGUGUAGCACUUAAUGAUUCUCCAAUAGGUUUGGCAGCUUAUAUUCUCGAAAAGUUUUCGACCGGAACAAAUAUCACUUAUCGGUCAUUUCAUGACGGUGGACUCACAAAGAAGUUUACAUUGGAUGAGCUGCUGACCAUAGUGUCCAUUUAUUGGUUCAAUGGUAAUAUAAUAAAUGCCAUAAGAUUUUACAAGGAAGCAUACCAAAGUCCACUCAGGUUUCAUCAAGUCACUCAGUACAUUACUGUUCCAACCGGCUACGCAGCAUUUCCGGAAGAUGGAUUUGUGCAACCAAAAGAGGUAAUGCAUAUCAUGUACAACCUGAUAAGUUAUACAGAAAUCAAAACUGGUGGACAUUUUGCCGCUUUUGAAGACCGAAACUUCUUGCUGAUGACAUUAUCAAAUUCGUUAAAACAAUUCAGCUAG